AUGGCCUGGCUCCCAGGGUGCUUCCUCUGCAGGUUCCUGCUGGGCUGGGUCGGCUUGAGUGCCCCCGGGUUGGCUGUGGAGGUGAAGGUGCCCUCCGAGCCCCUGAGUGCACCGGUGGGCAAGACUGCGGAGCUGACCUGCAGCUAUAGCACCUCGGUGGGAGACAACUUUGCCCUGGAGUGGAGCUUCGUGCAGCCUGGGAAGCCCGUUUCCACGUCCCAACCGAUCCUGUACUUCACCAAUGGCCAGCUGUAUCCAACUGGUUCUAAGGCAAAGAGGGCCAGCCUGCUUCAGAACCCCCCCACAGGAGGAGUGGCCACCCUGAAACUGACCGAUGUCCGCCCCUCAGACGCUGGAACCUACCUCUGCCAUGUUAACAACCCGCCAGAUUUCUACACCAAUGGGUUGGGGCUAAUCAACCUUACUGUGCUGGUGCCCCCCAGUAGACCCUCAUGCAGUCAGAGUGGUCAGACCUCCGUGGGGGGCUCUGCUGCGCUCAGAUGCAGCUCUUCUAUGGGAGCCCCCAAGCCUGUGUACAACUGGAUCCGCCUUGGAGCUUCUCCUACACCUUCCCCUGGCAGCAUGGUGCAAGAUGAGGUGUCUGGCCAGCUCAUUCUCACCAAUCUCUCCCUGGCUUCCUCGGGCACCUACCGCUGUGUGGCCACCAACCAGAUGGGCAGUGCGUCCUGUGAGCUGACCCUCUCUGUGACUGACCCUUCCAAAGGCCGAGUGGCUGGGACUGUGAUUGGGGUACUGCUGGGUGUGCUGUUCCUGUCCGUGGCUGUGUUCUGCCUGAUAAGUUUCCAGAAAGAAAGGAAGAAGAGGCCCAAGGAGACAUUCGGGGGGAGUGACCUACGGGAGGACGCCGUGGCACCUGGGGUUUCUGAGCAACCUUUGGAAAGUGAAGAUUCUAGCAAUGGGCUCCUGGAGAGGCCCUCCUCUGCCAGCACGGUGACGACCAAGUCCAAGCUCCCUAUGGUUGUCUGA